AUGAACCAGAGCCCGGCGUUCGGGCCCCGGAGGGGAGGCUCUCUCCCCGCCGCGGCCGGGGCCGGGGCGCGGCGCAACGAGAGCCAGGACUAUCUGCUCAUGGACUCGGAGCUGGGAGACGACGGCUGCUCGCAGCCCCCCUGUGACUACUACCCUUGCUUCCGGGGCACUGACAACAGACUGGCUCACCGGCGGCAGACAGUUCUCCGUGAGAAGGGGAGAAGGUUAGCGAACCGAGGGCCAGCUUACAUGUUUAGUGAUCGCUCAACAAGCCUAUCUAUUGAGGAGGAACGCUUUUUAGAUGCAGCUGAAUAUGGCAACAUUCCAGUGGUGCGGAAGAUGUUAGAAGAAUGCCUCUCACUCAACGUUAACUGUGUGGAUUACAUGGGCCAGAAUGCCCUGCAGUUGGCAGUGGCCAACGAGCAUUUGGAAAUUACAGAACUUCUUCUCAAGAAAGAAAACCUGUCUCGAGUUGGGGAUGCCUUGCUUCUAGCCAUUAGUAAAGGUUAUGUUCGCAUUGUGGAAGCAAUUCUUGGUCAUCCAGCUUUUGCUGAAGGCAAGAGGCUAGCCACCAGCCCCAGUCAGUCUGAACUCCAGCAGGAUGAUUUUUAUGCUUAUGAUGAAGAUGGGACACGGUUCUCCCAUGAUGUAACUCCAAUCAUCCUGGCUGCACACUGCCAAGAAUAUGAAAUUGUGCAUAUCCUCCUGCGGAAGGGUGCUCGGAUUGAACGACCUCAUGAUUAUUUCUGCAAGUGCAGUGAAUGCAACCAGAAACAGAAGUAUGAUUCCUUUAGCCACUCAAGAUCUAGGAUUAAUGCCUAUAAAGGCUUGGCAAGUCCUGCUUACCUGUCAUUGUCCAGUGAAGAUCCAGUCAUGACAGCCUUAGUACUUAGCAAUGAGCUGGAAGUGCUGGCCAACAUUGAGAAAGAGUUCAAGCUCUCUCUAGCUCCUGAAAGCCUAAAUUCCGAACCACUACCUUAUAUUGCCUGUGGACAACAUACGCACUUCCACAUCAGAAAGACUGUCCUCGUGACCCCGGGGAUAGAGAAUGACUACAAAAAACUGUCAAUGCAAUGCAAAGAUUUUGUUGUUGGACUCCUUGAUCUGUGCAGAAAUACCGAAGAAGUAGAGGCCAUUCUGAAUGGGGAUGUUGAGAUGCGCCAUAACGGUGGAGACCAUGGUCGUCCAAAUCUCAGCCGUUUAAAACUUGCCAUUAAAUAUGAAGUAAAAAAAUUCGUAGCUCAUCCAAACUGCCAGCAGCAGCUUCUCUCCAUAUGGUAUGAGAAUCUUUCUGGUUUACGGCAGCAGACCAUGGCAGUCAAGUUUCUUGUCGUCCUCGCUGUUGCCAUUGGACUGCCCUUCCUGGCUCUCAUCUACUGGUUUGCCCCGUGCAGCAAGAUGGGGAAGAUAAUGCGUGGUCCAUUCAUGAAGUUUGUAGCACACGCCGCCUCCUUCACUAUUUUUCUGGGACUGCUAGUCAUGAAUGCAGCUGACAGAUUUGAAGGCACCAAACUCCUUCCUAAUGAAACCAGCACAGAUAAUGCAAAACAGCUGUUUAGGAUGAAAACAUCCUCCUUCUCAUGGAUGGAGAUGCUCAUUAUAUCCUGGGUAAUAGGAAUGAUAUGGGCUGAAUGUAAAGAAAUUUGGACUCAAGGCCCCAAAGAAUACUUGUUUGAAUUGUGGAAUAUGCUUGAUUUUGGCAUGUUAGCCAUCUUUGCAGCGUCAUUCAUUGCAAGAUUCAUGGCAUUUUGGCAUGCUUCCAAAGCCCAGAGCAUCAUUGAUGCAAAUGAUACUUUGAAGGACUUGGCCAAAGUUACAUUGGGAGACAAUGUGAAAUACUACAAUUUGGCUAGGAUAAAGUGGGACCCCUCUGAUCCUCAAAUCAUAUCUGAAGGUCUUUAUGCAAUUGCUGUGGUUUUAAGUUUCUCCAGAAUAGCUUAUAUUUUACCAGCAAAUGAAAGCUUUGGACCUCUACAGAUAUCACUUGGAAGAACAGUGAAAGACAUCUUUAAGUUUAUGGUCAUAUUUAUCAUGGUGUUUGUGGCCUUUAUGAUUGGAAUGUUCAACCUCUACUCCUACUACCGUGGUGCAAAACAAAAUGAAGCCUUUACAACAGUUGAGGAGAGUUUUAAGACAUUGUUCUGGGCAAUAUUUGGACUUUCUGAAGUGAAAUCAGUGGUCAUCAACUAUAAUCACAAAUUCAUUGAAAACAUUGGUUAUGUUCUUUAUGGAGUCUAUAAUGUUACAAUGGUCAUUGUUUUGCUAAAUAUGUUAAUUGCAAUGAUCAACAGUUCAUUCCAGGAGAUUGAGGAUGAUGCUGAUGUGGAGUGGAAAUUUGCAAGGGCCAAACUAUGGUUUUCCUACUUUGAGGAGGGAAGAACUCUACCUGUUCCCUUCAACCUGGUGCCAAGCCCAAAGUCCCUAUUUUAUCUCUUACUGAAGCUUAAAAAAUGGAUUUCUGAACUGUUCCAGGGUCAUAAAAAAGUUUUCCAGGAGGAUGCAGAGAUGAACAAGAGAAAUGAAGAGAAGAAAUUUGGAAUUUUAGGAAGUCACGAAGACCUUUCAAAAUUGUCAUUUGACAAAAGACAGCUUGGACACAGUAAGCAAUCUAGUAUAAGGAGCUCGGAAGAUUUCCAUUUAAAUAGCUUCAAUAAUCCUCCAAGACAAUAUCAGAAAAUAAUGAAGAGGCUCAUUAAAAGAUACGUACUGAAAGCCCAGAUAGAUAAGGAGAGUGAUGAAGUGAAUGAAGGAGAACUGAAGGAAAUUAAACAGGACAUCUCAAGUCUGCGCUAUGAACUCCUUGAAGAAAAAUCUCACAAUACAGAAGACUUAGCAGAACUUAUUAGAAAACUUGGGGAGAAAUUAUCAAUGGAACCACAUCAAGAAGAAAGCAACAGAUAAUGCAAAGACUUCCUUAGAAAUUCAUAUUUAUUUGUCCACUUGAAGCCAUAUUAUUUUCAGAUUUAUUUUUUUAAGUACCAAUAUGCCCUCCUUUUCAACAAGGAAAAGUUGAGAUAACUUGGGUCAUUCUAUCAUACUGAACGCUAAUAUUCAAUAUUUUUGGUGAUUAAAUUUCAUUGUUCAGGUGAAAGUUUGCAGACUGUGAUGAGAAUUAUGACCAUUUGUUUGGUGCUUGUUUUAUAAGCUGCUUUCUCGGAUGUAACUAUCGUGAUGAUGUCAUUGCCUCGUAGCAUAGGCCUCGGAAUCUUCUCUGCUCAUAGGCAGACCCAGCGCUCCCUGUGUGGUACUUCUCCUGAAGGUGAUUUCAGGCACCUUCUUGCCUGCUCCGUGGGUCUUCUGCUGGUGACUUCUAGCCCUGAAAUUUGGGGAAAAAAUAAUCUAUGGCUGAUCAGAGAAUGUGGUUUAAUCACCUUUCCUGCUUAGCCCCCAAAUAAUGUGAUUCUUGUGUGCAAAAAUGGGCUUAAAUUUUUCCCAAAUUUUCUGGUUCAUCCCUUUGAAAACAUUACACUGAACAGUGAAAAAGUAUUUCCCCACUUAACCCUGGAAAUUUGUUCCGGUUGUGGGUGUCUGUGCACGUGUGCGCGCGUGUGCAUGAAAUGUUUGCAGCUAAUGUGGACACGUGAAAGCUCUUUGUUAAAAUUUUUUAUAGUAACUGAAAAGGUACUGGAGAAGUAAGAGCCCUUUAUUGGAGAUGUAUCAAAGGCACAAAAAAAAAAAAAAAUGUGGCUGUUUGGGCCAAUCAUAGCACAAUUUUGUGCCAUUUGGGCAUUGGCAGAUGUAUUCUCACAUGUGGCUAUUGAACGUAAAGAGGGAAAAAUAAAAGUAUGGGAACUAGCAAUAAUUAUCUCCCUCUCUCAGUAUGUUCUAAACCCCUCCCAAAGUAUAAAAAAUAGGAAUUUGCAUUCCUGAGCAUUUGUCAAGAGGGUGUUGUUACUUUCUGAUGAUGUGAGGCAAUAUCUGAAACAUCUAAGAGAGAAAUGAAGUUUCAUCUGUUCAACUGCCCAAAGACUAUCGAAUUUAGAUGAUGCUGGUCAUUAUCUGGAAACCCUAGUGGCGUGGUGGUUAAGAGCUACAGCUGCUAACCAAAAGGUCAGCAGUUUGGAUCCACCAGGCUCUCCUUGGAAACCGUAUGGGGCAGUUCUACUCUGUCCUGUAGGGUCGCUAUGAGUCGGAAUCGACUCAACAGCAACGGGUUUUUAAUGGGCGUUACCUGAAAGUGCUGCUUUAAAUUCAACAAAGAGAGGCUUUGAAUGCAAAUUUUUAGCUUCAUUUUAAAGACUAACUGGCCACAGAAAGUCCUUUUAGCCUCAACCUUGACUUAGUUUAAAUCAAAGAACCUUUAUGUAACCAGAUCAGAAAAUAUGGCUGGAAGUUUUUAUUCAGCAAUUUUGUUUUUGUGGGUAUUGCUUAUUGGGAAGUUACUUACUGAGGCAGGGAAGGUCUGUUUGCAAAUGUUUUGUGACAAUAUUUGAAUCAGAAGUUGUAAAAAUCACCCUCAUACCAAAUGCACUUUCAGAAAAUUAAUAUAACCGAACAUUCACAAAAUCUGUGUCCUGUGCCAUACAAGAGCUUUGCCUUCAUGCCGAGGACAAUUCUAUGAUAGCACAUGGGCUCGAUCCAAAAUAUUCUAGAAGAGAUAUUCAGAUCCCUGGGUGUCUUUUUUAAGUUGGAUUGACUUGACAAGUUAUGAAGCUUAGGGAAAUGUCAAGGCAUGACCAUGAGUUCUUCAGUAAAGGGCAAUACCCUACAAGAUACCUGUUAUUGUUCAAAAUCAGUAUGCCCUGAAGUCAAUGAAUUUUCCUCAAAGUGCAGCUGAGAUGGCAUCCCCUAAUCUUACUUUAAUUGGAAGAUGAAAGAGAAUCCAUCAUAUUUGAAGGAAGGUUUUUAAAAUUCCAACAAGAGCUUAAUAAAGCAUAUUGUC